ACUCGAUACACAGGAACAGAGGGACGAUCGCCACAUCAUUUCACUUCCUCAGGGGGGUCUGACGCUCUGCAGCGACCGCAGACCUGUAUUCGACUCCAAGACCCGAGAUGGCUUCGAGCGCCGGCAGCCAGCCCGACGCAGACGGCGAAGCGGAGGCGCGAGGAAACUGGUCUCACAAAUGCGACUACCUACUGGCAACCACAGGGUUUGUCAUUGGGCUUGGCAACGUGUGGAGAUUCCCUUACCUGUGCUAUGUCUAUGGAGGAGGGGCGUUCCUGGUCCCUUACCUGCUGACGCUGGUGUUGGUGGGCAUGACGCUGUUCUUCCUGGAGACGUCUAUCGCCCAGUUCAGUUCCUCCAGCUGCCUCGCCGUCUUCUCCGUCUGCCCGGCGUUCAAAGGUGUUGGUAUGGCAUCUCUUGCCAUCAACGUGAUAACCCUGACAUACUAUGCUGUUCUGGUGUCAUACCCAGUCCUGUUCCUCGCCCACUCCUUCAGCUGGGACCUCCCGUGGGCCUCGUGCGGAAACAGUUGGAAUUCGCCCAACUGCACAGUCACUGAACUAAGGGAGGGAACAGCUAUGCAGAAUGGUGUCACAUCAGUUGAUGAAUUCUUUCACCGGAAACUUCUGCGCAUUUCGUCCGGCAUCGACGACCUCGGCCACAUCGAGUGGCCGGUCGUCAUCGUGACUUUCGUGGUCUUCGUCUUCCUCUUCUUCUGCGUCUUCAAGGGGAUUAAGAUUCUGGGAAAAGUCGUAUGGUUCACAGCGAUUUUCCCGUUUGUUAUGCUGUUCAUUCUGCUGAUACGUGGGGUCACACUUCCGGGAGCCACGGAUGGAAUCUACUUCUACAUCUAUCCCGAGUUUAACAGACUUAAAGAGAUGAAGGUGUGGGCGGCAGCGGCCAUGCAGAUCUUUUAUACCUUGGGCCCCGGAUGGGGGUCGCUCAUCUGCUUCGGUUCCUACAACAAAUUCAACAAUCGGUGCACGAGAGACGCGUUCAUUGUUCCCGUCCUGAACAGCGGCACCUCCAUCCUGGCGGGGUUCGUCGUCUUCUCUGUGCUCGGUUUCAUGGCCAAAAGAGCUGGCGUUUCUAUUGAAGAACUUGCUGUUGCUGGUCCGUCCUUGGUGUUUAUCGCAUACCCCGAGGCUCUAUCCUUGAUGCCCAUUGCCCCCGUGUGGUCCGUCUUCUUCUUCCUGGUGUUGUUUUUUGUGGGCAUAGACUCGUGUUUCGCCCACGUAGAGACUCCAGUGGGAUGUAUCAUUGAUGCGUUUCCGAAGCUGCGUCGUAAGAGAGGCUGGAUCACCUUCAUCUUCUGUUUCUUCUCCUUCUCGAUCUCAAUCCUCUAUGGAACGAGUGGUGGAAUGUACUGGAUUACACUGGUCGACUGGUACUGUGCUGUGUUCACCACUGCCGCCGUUUCUUUUUGCCAGUUGUGCAUAUUUAGUUAUAUUUAUGGCGCUGGUCGCACCGUGCAGGAUUUUCAGCUGAUGACCAAAAGUCGCAUUGGCUACGGCUGGUGGAUAGCUUUGCUGGUCGUCACUCCCAUCGUCCUUAUUAUCUUCGUGAGCUCCGUGAUUAAUCUCUCGAACGCGACAUACCAAGGUCACACGUUCCCGACCUGGGCUCAGAGCAUCGGCUGGGUCAUCGCCUUGUCCUCCCUACUGCUCAUUCCGGCCUAUUUUCUCUACUUCUUUUUCUUUCGAACUGCUGGUUCACUCAAGCAGCGGAUGAAGACCUGCCUGUCCCCGUCUCCCACUUGGGGUCCAGCCCUCCCGAGCCACAGGGAGGAGUGGAUGCAGCUCCGCCUCAGGUACCCGCUGCGUCACCGCUUCUUACAUCCCGAUUUCUGUGUUACUCCAGACACCAGUGCUUCCCUGGAUGGCAUGUUGCUGGAUACAAUGUAAAUGGAACUUUUGAUAUAAUCGAAGGACACCUUCGUGAAUUACUUACAAGUCCUAACUAAAUCAAAAACAACUUUUAAUACAUGUCCAAAUGCAUUCGUACUAUAAUGAUUAAUAGAUGAUUUCAGGUAUUUUAAACAACACGUUUUUACAUUAAUGGGCACAGUUAACAUAUUCUGUAAUAUUAAAGGUUA